CUGUUUAUGUGUAUUUCUGUAUUUUGCUUAUGAAGAACCCGUCGCAUCGAAAAUCUGCAGGAGCAGGUCUGAAAAAGAUUUUGCAACGAAGGAGCUGCAGAGGCGGAACAAAGCUCAGUGCGCUCUUCUGCCGGAACUUGACUGUGUGACACAGGCGGAAGUAUACAAAGAAGAGGCGGAAGCCCCAUUUUGUGAGCUGUGCAGUGUGUUGUUGUGUGAGCCGAGUGUGUGAGCUGAGUGUGUGAGCUGUGGCAGUAACAAUGCCUUCAGUUCAGUCUCUGAGAGAGUUUAUCAACGAGCGACUAACUGCUGCUGCUGAACAAAUAUUCUUGGAGUUUGAAAAAACGAUCGUCCAGUACGAGGAAGAGAUCGACCGUCAGCGCAGACUGCUGGAUAUCACCUGGAAACCCCAAGUCAAGCUGCACAGGACAGUUUUCUGUCCUCCAGACGUCCCACAGCAACCUGUCUGUGAGGAGGAGGAGGAGGUUCUCCCUGAGCAGCAGCUCUGUGACCAGGAGAGGAGCUCCAGUGUGGAGCAGGAGGAACCAGAACCUCCACAGAUUAAAGAGGAACAGGAGGAACUGUGCAGCAGUCAGGAGGGAGAGCAGCUGGGACUGAAGGAGGAGCCUGAAGUUCAUCAUGAUCCUGUGCAGUACGAGGAAGAGAUGGAGCGUCAGCGCAGACUGCUGGAUAUCACCUGGAAACCCCAAAUCAAGCUGCACAGGACAGACGUCCCACAGCAGCAGGUCUGUGAGGAGGAGGAGGAGGUUCUCCCUGAGCAGCAGCUCUGUGACCAGGAGAGGAGCUCCAGUGUGGACCAGGAGGAACCAGAACCUCCACAGAUUAAAGAGGAACAGGAGGAACUGUGCAGCAGUCAGGAGGGAGAGCAGCUGGGACUGAAGGAGGAGCCUGAAGUUCAUCAUGAUCCUGUGCAGUACGAGGAAGAGAUGGAGCGUCAGCGCAGACUGCUGGAUAUCACCUGGAAACCCCAAAUCAAGCUGCACAGGACAGACAUCCCACAGCAGCCUGUUUGUAAGGAAGAGGAGAAUGAGGUUCUCCCUGAGCAGCAGCUCUGGAACCAGGAGAGGAGCUCCAGUGUGGACCAGGAGGAACCAGAACCUCCACAGAUUAAAGAGGAACAGGAGGAACUGUACAGCAGUCAGGAGGGAGAGCAGCUGGGACUGAAGGAGGAGACUGAUACCUUUAUGGUGACUGCUGCUGAGGAAACAGACCACAGUGAACCAGAAGCAGACAGGGAGCAGCUCCUUGCUCACAGCUCUGCUGUAGCUGACAGUCAAGAUCCGGGAGGAAACAAGAACGCAGAUUCAAGGUCAAGUAGAGAAAGACACAAAAGUCACAACAAUGCAGAAAAUCCCACUAUGUCAGAGAGUCAGUGUAACUUUGAUAAAAGUAGUACGCCUGUAAAAUGUGAUGUUUGUGGAAAAGCCUUUAAGUUUAAUUAUCUAAUGAAGAGUCAUUAUUCAAUCCACACAGGUGAGAGACCGUUUGCUUGUACAGUGUGUGGAAAAAUGUUCAGAUGCAGUAGCUUUUUGAAGAAGCACCUAAGCACGCACUCCGAUGUGAAGCCAUAUACUUGUAAAACAUGUGGGAAAAGGUUUGGAAAUAAUCGUAAUUUAGUGACGCACACAAGAACUCACACAGGUGUGAAACCAUAUCAAUGCAAAACGUGUGGGAAAUGGUUCAGAAUGCACUCUCAUUUAACAGAUCACAUAAGAAUUCACACAGGUGAGAGACCGUUUGCUUGUACAGUGUGUGGAAAAAUGUUCAGAUGCAGUAGUUUUUUGAAGAGGCACCUAAGCACGCACUCCGAUGUGAAGCCAUAUACUUGUAAAACAUGUGGGAAAAGGUUUGGAAAUAAUCGUAAUUUAGUGACGCACACAAGAACUCACACAGGUGUGAAACCAUAUCAAUGCAAAACGUGUGGGAAAUGGUUCAGAAUGCACUCUCAUUUAACAGAUCACAUAAGAAUUCACACAGGUGAGAAACCAUAUCUUUGUGAAACAUGUGGGGAAGCUUUCAGACAUCGUAAUACUUUAUGGGCACAUGUAAACAAGUCACACAAGGGAGAAGCCAUGUUGUUGUAAAAGUCAGAAGUUUACAUCACACGUGUUCUUUUUUACCUGGCUACAUCACCAUGGUAACUUGUGACGGGAGAAGGGAGAUGGACUGGUGCUGCGGCUUUAGAAAGUCUCCGUUUUCACUGUCCACACUGCGGCGUGAAAGCACCGUUUUCAAAACACUGCAUUUUGAAAACGCUGCGUUUUGAAAACGCUGCGUUUUGAAAACGCUGCGUUUUGAAAACGCUGCGUUUUGAAAACGCUGCGUUUUCCAUCAGUGAAAACGCUGCGUUUUCCAUCAGUGAAAACGCUGCGUUUUCCAUCAGGGAAAACGCUGCGUUUUCCAUCAGGGAAAACGCUGCGUUUUCCAUCAGGGAAAACGCUGCGUUUCGGAGCUCUAAUGAGAGCUGAGCGCACACUCAAAGAGAAAAUAAUGAUCACAUUAAAAUGUUUAUUUUACUGCUCAAUGCACUAAAUCACCAGAUUAACAGCUUACUUCAGCAUUAAUCUUUUGUGAUACUUUCAGCUGUGAUGCUUUUUAUGAGUAUUUUUGAUGGUUUUUUUAAUAGAUGUUUUAUCAUUAUAUCAUCAUCAAAGCUUAAAUGAGAAGUUCACAUCCACCGUAAUGACACUGUUUUCUCUGACUGGGAUUUUAGCUUUUCUUGAGUCAGCCAGACUUUCUUUAUGUUAACUAUGUUGAAGUUCAUUCGUACCCUUAAGAUCUGAAAUGUUCCAAAGUCUGAUGAACUAAGCCACAGGAAGCUGGACUGCUAUUAAACAUUGUGCUCACGCAUCAUUCAUCCAUGUAAACUCUGACAUGCAUCACUAUGAACCACAUAAAAAUGUUCACUCUGCUCAUUAUCCAGAUGUGUUUGAGGAGGGAGCAACAAAAAUAAAUGUAAACAGCACAGAGCGUUCUGAGGUCUGUAGUGUUUGUUCAGAGAAAGUUUGAUUUAUUGUUUUGAAGUGAAAAAGUGAGAGAGUAUUCCUACAUAACUGAAUUAAAGAGAGAUGUGUUCAUGUGAGACGGAGUUCAUGAUAAAUUAAUUUGAAGUA